AAAGAGAGUUGGGUUUGCAAUAAAUAUUGAAGAGAGGGAGAGAGAAAGGCGUAACUAGAAGGUUCGUUGCAUUUCCGUGGCUCUCACCACCAUGGCUCUUGUGAGUCGAACAGCUUCACGCUUCCGUCAAUUGGUGUCGCCUCAACGGGUAGUUGCCCUCCACACAACCCUCCCUUCUCUGUCGACACCAACACAAACACCAACACCAUAUGCUCCACCACCGCCCCCAUCGGCCUCCUCUCCGGUCGGCAUUUCGAAGACGGCGGAGUACGUGAUAUCGAAGGUGGAUGAUCUCAUGAAUUGGGCUCGGUGUGGUUCCAUAUGGCCCAUGACGUUUGGGCUUGCCUGCUGCGCUGUGGAAAUGAUGCACACCGGUGGCGCUCGUUACGAUCUCGAUCGCUUCGGAAUCAUUUUCAGGCCCAGCCCUCGCCAAUCUGAUUGCAUGAUUGUUGCCGGCACUCUCACCAACAAGAUGGCCCCUGCUCUUCGCAAGGUUUAUGACCAAAUGCCUGAGCCUAGAUGGGUCGUCUCAAUGGGAAGUUGUGCAAACGGAGGAGGAUAUUAUCACUAUUCUUACUCUGUUGUUCGAGGAUGUGACAGGAUUGUUCCUGUUGACAUAUAUGUUCCAGGCUGCCCUCCAACUGCUGAGGCUUUACUGUAUGGACUCCUCCAGCUGCAGAAGAAGAUCAAUAGGCGCAAGGACUUCCUUCUUUGGUGGACUAAAUGAGAUCCACUAAGUUGAUUUCUUGGCGCCAAGCUAUUUUAUAAUAAGCACAUUCCAUGGUAGUUUACCUUGAUAAGAAGCACCACAUGUCAGGUGGAUUGUGGUUGAUAUAUUUACUAUAUCACAUUUCUGGAUAUGUUCUAUGUGCAGCUUUUUACAGGGCUUCAGAUCCCUUGGAAGUUGAAUAUUUGUUAUUUGUUAAUAAGUUGCGGUUUUUAUGUUUGACCAAUUCCCCUCUUGCUUAUUCUUGAU